AUGACAAGGUGUACCAAGCAGAACAUGAGCUUCGGUAUGACAAGGCCGCCUGGGGGGUUUCAUUCGGGUCUCGGUUGUGUGAUGCAGUGGCAGGCAUUGGCAAAAGAUAAAGCGCACUGCGCAAUUGGACUUGUCGGUGAAAACACGGAUGUUAGGUGGGUCCCGGGAAAGAAACGCUGGGGUCACGACAUGUUCCGCCGUUGGUAUCUUGGUGUGGCCCGCCUCUUCCGAAAGGACUGA